UCGAGGGUGGAUGGAGAGACAACGUGGUCGAGACUGAGAUCGACGCUAAUACAAGUGGUUGAGAUAUUGUUAUAAAUAAAGAGGUCCACGGGAUUCACCUGUGAGAAUUAUAAUUAGAAGAUUGUAUACAUGUUGUUGAUUCAGAUGCUACACAAAUUUACCUGCUACACGGAUGCAUUUAAAUGAAUAUAAUUACGAAAAUGAUAGUCACAAUGGAUCACGAGAUAAAGAAAUGUGGCACCUGCUCGAAAAAUUAAAUAAAGUUGUCACAAAAGAAGAGUUUCGAACCCUACAUAUGGAAUUUAUGGAAUAUCACCGAAUUAUAAACAAUAAAUUGGACAGAUUAUUGCGUAAGCAAUCAAAUAUCAUGCCUCCAAAACCACCUUCAUUUCCACUUCAAUCGGUGCAAGAAGUAACUAAUUUUAAUAAUAUAUCACAGGAAGAGUACGAUAAUGCCGUCCAAUAUCUACAUUUUAUAGGUGGCUUUACUUUACAUGAUACGGUAAAAUAUUGCAUGAAGGAAGUAAUGACAGAUGAUACAAUUAAACAUUAUUCGGCUUGGGGGGAGCGGGGAAAUCUCCCAUUGUUUGAUACUAAAGUAAUAAGAGUAAUAUAUGAUGCUGUAUGUAUGAAUACACAUUUUGAAAGACCACUAAGAGACGAAUUUUUUCGAGAGGUUGCGGAGGCAGUACGUUUUGGAAAACAAAGAAAUCGAAAUAUGAACAGAAGAACGAAUAUAAUAAUUAGAGGAAGAGGACGACGCCAGCGAUUGCGAAAUGAGGCUGAUAAUCAUUUGCUUGGUGAGGAUCAUUUGCGGCGGGAUACACACAACAUGGACAAUAAUGAUAAUCAUAUGGAUGAUGCAGAUAAUGGCGAUUUCAAUGAGGACAAUAUUGAUGACGGCAACAGCGCAGAUAAUGAAAAUUAAUUUUUACAUUAUCAUUAAUAUUACCAAAAAAUAUAUGAGAUAAAAAAAAUAUAUAAAA